GAUAAGGAAGAGACUAGUGCCCGAUCAGCGCUGAGUCCGGCUCCGCAGCGCCUCUUCCAGUCCCAGCACACGGGCAAAACUGGACUGCCCGGCAGCGCGAGAGAGGGCAGUGCCGCCCGGCCAGCAGCGCCUCUGCAGCCCGGCUGCUGCCCAGAUCUCACGCUCUGCUUUUCUUUUUAGCAACCGCUUUAAAACCUACUUUGGGGUCUUAACACGAAAGCGCACACCACCAUUCCACUGUGGACAAUACCCCCUCUUACAGAUAUGGGAGACAUGGGAGACCCACCAAAAAAAAAACGUCUGAUUUCCCUAUGUGUUGGUUGCGGCAAUCAAAUUCACGAUCAGUAUAUUCUGAGGGUUUCUCCGGAUUUGGAAUGGCAUGCGGCGUGUUUGAAGUGUGCAGAGUGUAAUCAGUAUUUGGACGAGACCUGUACGUGCUUUGUUAGGGAUGGCAAAACCUACUGUAAAAGAGAUUAUAUCAGGUUAUACGGCAUCAAGUGCGCCAAGUGCAGCAUCGGCUUCAGCAAGAACGACUUCGUGAUGCGCGCCCGCUCCAAGGUGUAUCACAUCGAGUGUUUCCGCUGCGUGGCCUGCAGCCGCCAGCUCAUCCCAGGGGACGAGUUCGCGCUGCGGGAGGACGGCCUCUUCUGCCGAGCCGACCACGACGUGGUGGAGAGGGCCAGCCUGGGAGCAGGGGACCCGCUCAGCCCCCUUCAUCCCGCCAGACCGCUGCAGAUGGCAGCAGAACCUAUCUCUGCCAGACAGCCCGCUCUUCGACCCCACGUCCACAAGCAGCCCGAGAAGACCACCCGAGUCCGGACUGUGCUUAAUGAGAAACAGCUUCACACCUUGAGGACCUGCUACGCUGCCAACCCCAGACCCGACGCGCUUAUGAAGGAGCAACUGGUGGAAAUGACUGGCCUCAGCCCGAGGGUCAUCAGGGUCUGGUUUCAAAACAAGCGAUGCAAGGACAAAAAAAGGAGCAUCAUGAUGAAGCAGCUUCAGCAACAGCAGCCCAAUGACAAAACUAAUAUUCAAGGGAUGACAGGAACUCCUAUGGUGGCUGCUAGUCCUGAGAGACAUGAUGGGGGUUUACAGGCUAACCCAGUGGAAGUGCAGAGUUACCAGCCUCCUUGGAAAGUACUGAGUGACUUCGCAUUGCAGAGUGACAUAGAUCAACCUGCUUUUCAGCAGCUAGUUAAUUUUUCAGAAGGAGGACCAGGUUCCAAUUCCACCGGAAGUGAAGUAGCAUCAAUGUCCUCUCAGCUCCCAGAUACACCUAACAGCAUGGUAGCCAGUCCUAUUGAGGCAUGAGGAACAAUUAAUUCAGAUUUUUUUAUUAUUAUUUCCCCCUGUUGAAGAGAGCGGGAAAGUUAUCACGUUGGGACUCUGAAACUUAAAAGUAUUUAAUAAACCUGUAAUGAACCUAGCAAAGAAUGCUCCAGAAGUGCACGGAGUCUUGUUAUAAAUGACAAGGUGAAAUGGUAGCAACACUGUGAAGACAAUCAUGGGAUCUUACUAGAAUAAUAAUAAUUUAAAAGAAUAAAUAAACACAUGAUAUCCAGUGAUCACAGGAGCAUCGAAAAGACGUUUUUGAAACGUAGAGGAUUUGUAUUUAUGGAUCUCAGAAAAAAAGAAGCAUCUUUUCAUUUGACUGAACAUAGAAAGAAACCAAGCUAGAGAGACUGUCUGUACUCCAUCCUAAUCCAAAUGGUGCUGUUUCUUAUUGGUCAUUGCCUUGCCAAAAAGGAGCUCCAAUAGGUUUCACAACAUCAGGAAAAGACAAUCUAGCCCCGCAUGGUUGAAAGAUUCAUUGCAGGAAGCAGGAGCUGCAUUGGUUUGCAAUGGUUUUUUUUUAGUUGACUCUUAAGGGGUUGUUUCCUGGGUCUCUUAUAGCAUGUACUGUAGCUGGGGUUUUGGUUUUGGUUUUGCUGAGAUCCAUCCUCUAUGGAGAAGUCUGAAGCGACUUUAAAAAUAGGUUUUUGAAUUCCUAUUUAAAAACCGACUUAUAAAGCAUUGCAACAAGGUAUACCUCUACUUUGCCACAAAGCGUCUCGGGAUUGUGUUUGAAUCGUGUCCGUCCAAGAACUUUCCCCCCCAAAGAUGUGUAUAGUUAUGGGUUUAAACGACUGUUUCUCUCUCUCUCUCUCUCUCUGGAAAUAAAGAGGAAAAAAGAAUUUUUUUUUGGUUUGCUCUUGCAUUGCAAAAAUUAUAAAGUAAUUUAUUAUUUAUUAUCGGAAGACUUGCCACUUUUCAUGUCAUUUGACUCUAUUUUUUGUUUUUGUUUGCUGAAGUAAAAGAAAAAAGAAAAAAAAAGAAGAAAAAGGUUGUACCGUGGUCUUUGAAUUAUAUGUCUAAUUCUAUGUGAUUUUGUCUUUUUUUCUUAAAUAUUAUGUGAAAUAAAAGCGCCAUAUGUAGAAUUAUUAUAUCUUCAGGACUAUUUCACUAAAUAAGCGUUUGGAAUAUAGAAAAAUAAAACUGAUAAAAGUUCCCUCUUUUCUAUAUUUACAAGUUCGCAGCUAGAUACCUGAAAUAAAAUAUUGCAUGCGAAGUCGGUAUUAUUGAAAAUACGGAGUGUGAUAUUUUAUUGCAAGUAUUAACGAUCAGCUUGUAAAUUUCAAUUUCGACAACUGUAUCAGGGCUAGUUUGAUGCCUUAGCGUUCAAUUGAUAACGUUACAAACUUUCCCUUUCCCCUCCUCUCCUACCCUUUAAAAGUGAAACUACCCUAGGCAUAACCAGACAAUGCUGAGAAACCUAAAGAACUGACAUAGCCAAUAGAGCUCAGCUUUUCUGAGCUGUAUUAUUUAAAAAAAUAAGAAGAAAGUGCUGUAUACCAAAGCCUCGUUAAGACUGCUGAAGUGACCUGUAUUUGAAGUAUAAGCUCCUGAUAAAAGGGACAUAUUUUGCUUAGUAAGUCAAGUAUGACUAUUAUUUAUCAGUGUCUGCUGUCAAAACGAUUGAAAAAUGCUGCAGGAGGAAUAGAUUUGAGGGGAUGUUGCUGUGAAAUCUCACGAUUGGUGUUUCUCUUAUUUUCUUUCGACUUCCUUUCCCCGCCCCCCUCUCCACCUUUUCUUCCAUUUUUUUAAUUUGGGGGAAGGGUGGAAGGUAGUGGUUGAAAGCUAGAAACGUGGGGGAUUUCUUGGGGAGGGAAGAGGGGAAGAAAACCACAGGAAAGGGUAAGGGUUUUUUUUGCUCCUUUUCAAGUAUUCCCUCGUGUUCACAGCCAUUACAGGACAAAGGCUCACUUAAAAAAAAAUCCUUAACAACUGGGAUACACAGAGAUUUCGAGUCUGACAAAGACAGGUUGGGUUGCAUGACCGUUUCUCCAAAGCGUCAUGUUUUCUUAACAUAAUCUUAUUCUCUCUUAGCCUCCCUCCUCCACCGCCCAUCAUCCCCACCCACCCACCCCGAGCUAGGUAAGCUAUAGACAAACCAUU